CCGGGGAUACAUUUUACACAAAUUAUCCAAAUCUAGUACCCGUCUCCUGAUCCACACUUGUUCUGCUUCUUCUUCUUCUUCUUCUUCUUCUUAGCUCAACUCCAGAAAAUGGCUCAGAGCGAGUUGGCCUCCGCCACUGAGUCCCCAAAAUCAUUGCCGCCCACUCCACAUUUUACUCCAUACUUCUCAAUGCUACUCUCCCCAACCAAUUUCGCACCAUUUCUCAGAUCAUCAUCCCCCUCCUCAUCUUCUUCCAAGAAGCCCAGUUUUGUUCUUCCCGAUAUUCAAUCUUCCAUCGCUUCCGCAACCCACAACUGCCUCGAAUUGCUCCACUCACUGGCUUCGCAGAACCCUUUUCUCAACAAACUAAUCUCCUUCCAUGGCGAAUUCCAGAGUUUCUGCCACCAGGUUCAGACUACGAGGUACAGGAAGUUGAAGAGUUUAUCUACUCACAAUUUCGCGGCGGUUUUACCUGGGGACUCGGUGGCCGGACUUGUCGUUGCAAAUGGGGUCUCCAACUUCUUGAACUUAUACAACACUCUAUUGGUCUGCAGGCUUGUGUUGACCUGGUUCCCAAACUCCCCUCCUGCCAUUGUAGGCCCUCUCAGUACAAUAUGUGACCCUUACUUGAACAUAUUUCGGGGGCUAAUCCCGCCACUCGGAGGCACAUUGGAUCUCUCUCCCAUUCUGGCAUUCUUGGUUCUAAAUGCCUUUACAAGCACAGCCGCCGCGCUACCGGCCGAGCUUCCAGCAUCACCGGCAGCUUCCCAAGAACUCGGUGCUUCUUCUGCUACUGGAAUUACUCACCUCACUACGCCGCAGAAGAAAUGGAUCACAAGGCUUCAGGGUAGCAACACAAAGAGCUGAGACUGAGUCAGUUAGGUUGCCAUACUUUCUUGUAAUAUUCGAGUACAUGACACUAAACGUACGGCAAUUCCUUUCUUUCUUUGUAUUUUGGCUGAACUGAAGAAUUUUUUGCCUUGCAAUAUUAUAGAGUAGUGAUGCUUUCAGUUGCUGCUGUC